UUUGGCUGGGCUGGGUCAGAUCAGGUCAGUUCACUUUACAAGCAUACCCUUAUGAAGAGAAUGCUUCUGGCCGCAGCUCAGCACCAUCUCUAUUAUAGAGAAUUAUUAUCGGGAGAGUUGUUUUCCUUACUAUUUUUAGACUCUUAAUGAGCCGUUAAUAGAAUAGCGUCUCCACGCCUCACUGCACGUGUGGGUGCCGAACGCCACUGGCUCAGUGUUCCUGUAUCUUUCUAAUCGGGGCGUCCCAGGCAAUCGGGGCCCGGCAAGCUGUGGGCGUGCACUGGAACGCGCACAUCUCCAAUCGAAGACGAGAUGGGGAAACCCGCAACAACAUCACAUCCGGGUCACUUUCCUGCAACUGCGAGUAAAAGCAGCUCCUCCACAGUGAAACGCCAGCGCCAGGCAGCUGUGGAAGAGAGCCGAUAUGGAUACCGCUGACGUUCACCGUGAUUGAAAAUCCCAAGCGUCUCCUGUUGGCCGAGACCAGCAGCGCGCGACACCUGAGAACUUGACGCGCGGCGCCUCCUCAUGUAACGCUCGUCAUAUUUUGCGAUGUCCAAGACUCUGAAAAAGAAAAACCACUGGACCAACAAAGUCCACGAGACUGUCCUCAGCAAGAACGCAGAAUGCGAGUUGGGGUUCGAGCUGAAAGGGGGCGCCGAACACGGGCAGUUCCCGCACCUCGGGGAGGUGAAGCAGGGCAAGGUGGCCUUCCAGAGCGGCAAGCUGUUACAAGACGAGCUCCUGCUGGAGGUUAAUGACACGCCGGUGGCCGGACUUACCAUUAGGGACGUGUUGGCUGUCAUCAAGCACAGCAAGGACCCCGUCCGACUUAAGUGUGUCAAACAAGGGGGCGUCGUGGACAAAGACCUCCGCCACUACCUCAACCUCCGCUUCCAGAAGGGCUCGCUGGACCACGAGCUGCAGCAGAUCAUCCGGGACAACCUCUACCUCCGGACCAUUCCCUGCACAACAAGGCAACCCAAGGAAGGCGAGGUCCCCGGGGUGGACUACAACUUUGUGACCAUUGAGCGCUUUAUGGAAUUGGAGAAAAGCGGCGCUUUGCUGGAGAGUGGAACGCAUGAAGAUAACUAUUACGGCACACCCAAACCUCCGGCCGAGCCCGCUCCCCUGCUGCUGAAUGUGACGGACCAGCUGCUGCCCGGCGGCCGACCCAGCGCGGAGGGCAAGCGGAGGCGCAACAAGUCCGUCAGCAACAUGGAGAAGGCCGGCCUCGAGCCGCCCGAGGAGGAGGAGGAGGAGAGGCCCGUCGUCAACGGCAACGGCGUGGCCAUCACCCCAGAAUCCAGCGAGCAGGAGGACAAGAGCACCGACGUGUCGGGGGACUCCGCCCCCCCGCAGUCCGACCCCGCCCCCGGCGCCACCCCCAGCCCCGGCCCCGGCCCCGCCUCCUCCCCAACGCCCGAGGAGGCGCCCAAAGAGGAGGCCCCGCCCUCGCCCCCCAAGUCGCCCCCGAAACCGGAGGAGAACGACGAACUGGGGCCGCUGCCCGACAACUGGGAGAUGGCCUACACCGAGAAGGGCGAGGUCUAUUUCAUCGACCACAACACUAAGACGACGUCGUGGUUGGACCCGAGGCUGGCGAAGAAGGCCAAACCGCCGGAAGAGUGCAAAGAGGACGAGCUCCCGUACGGCUGGGAGAAGAUAGACGACCCGAUUUACGGCAGUUACUACGUGGAUCACAUAAAUCGAAGGACCCAGUUUGAGAAUCCCGUCCUGGAGGCCAAGAGACGGAUCCAGCAUCAGCAGCAAAUGCAGAGCCAAGGCCUGUCCUCCCUGCCCCUGUCCACUGUGUACAGAGAGAAGCCGGCGUUCACGCGGGACGCCUCGCAGCUGAAGGGGUCCUUCCUGUCCACGGCGCUGCAGAAGAGCAGCAUGGGCUUCGGCUUCACCAUCAUCGGCGGCGACGAGCCCGACGAGUUCCUGCAGGUGAAGAGCGUCAUCCCCGACGGGCCGGCCGCGCAGGACGGGAAGAUGAACACAGGUGAUGUCAUCGUCUACAUCAACGAGGUCUGCGUCCUGGGCACCACGCACGCCGACGUGGUGAAGCUGUUCCAGUCGGUGCCCAUCGGGCAGAGCGUCACCCUGGUGCUCUGCCGGGGGUACCCCCUGCCCUACGACCCCGAGGACGCGCCCCCGCCCCCCGUGGGCCUCCCCGGCCUGACCAACGGGCGCGGCGGCGGCGGCUACGAGAGCUACGCCGAGUACGCCCAGCGGGCGGCCCGCUUCCUGCAGGAGGCCGGCGAGCAGCUCCUGGCCCCGCCGCCCCUGGCCCGCCCCGGCGACGCCCACCUCCACCCGGAGGGGGGCCCCGCCCAGCCGCCGGAGGACAGCGUCUCCAUGGCGUCGUCCGGGGCGGCGCAGGCGGAGCUGACGGCGCUGGUCAUCGUGAAGGGGCCCGACGGCUUCGGCUUCACCGUGGCGGACAGCGCGGCGGGCCAGCGGGUCAAGCAGGUCCUGGAGACGCAGGGCUGCCCGGGCCUCCGCGAGGGGGACCUCAUCGCCGAGAUCAACGGGCGCAGCGCCCAGGGCCUCAACCACAACCAGGUGGUGGAGCUGCUCAAGGAGUGCCCCGUGGGGGCGGAGACUUCCCUCAUCAUCCAGAGAGGAGUGGCAGGUCAGUUUUCUCCGUGGAAGACCCCCGCACAGGUUCUGGAGCAGUGGGACCUGCACGGGAGCCCCCAGACCAGCCUGUUGGCCCCCGCCCUGCCCCACAGCGCCCCCUACCCUGCACUGCACCCGCACACGGCCUCGGGCCCAGAGUCCGCCGAGGCCCUCGAUCUGAGCAUGCCCGAACCUUAUGCCCUCUAUGAGAAGUCCAGGGCUAUCUAUGAGAGUAGGCAACCGGGAGCGCCGAGGACAGCCUUCCGAUUGGACCCCACGGGCCUGGAGUACCAGGAGAUAGACGUCCAUCUGCGGCGACAGAAAUCGGGGUUCGGGUUUCGCAUCUUGGGGGGCGAUGAGGCGGGCCAGCCCGUGAGUCUGGAGGCGUGUGACAAGAUCCUGAUCGGCGCCAUCAUCGAGAAGAGCCCGGCGGACCGGGACGGCCGCCUGCGCCCGGGCGACGAGCUGGUCUCGGUGGACGGCGUCGCCGUGGCGGGGAAGACGCACAGGUGCGUCAUCGACCUGAUGCACGCCGCCGCCCGCAGCGGGCAGGUCAGCAUGACCGUCAGGAGGAAGGUCCCGCCGCCAGGCGAGCUCUGUCCGCAGAACGGCCGGAGCCCCGGGUCGGUCUCCACGCAGCACAGCUCCCCCAGGAGCGACUUCACCCUGGGCCCCUGCCCAAACCCCAACCCCAACCCCAACCCCGCCGGCGCCCCGCCCCCCGCCUCGGGCUCCUCCCCCCCCGAGGGCGCGGCGCCCCAGAGCCUGCAGGCCAGCGACGUGGUCAUCCACCGAAAGGAGAACGAGGGUUUCGGCUUCGUCAUCAUCAGCUCGCUAAACCGACCGGAGACCAGCGCGACCAUCACUGUGCCCCAUAAGAUCGGCCGCAUCAUCGAGGGCAGCCCGGCGGACCGCUGCGGGAAGCUGAAGGUGGGGGACCGCAUCCUGGCGGUGAACAGCCAGUCCAUCAUCAGCAUGCCGCACGCCGACAUCGUCAAGCUCAUCAAGGACGCGGGGCUGAGCGUCACGCUGCGCAUCAUCCCCCAGGAAGAGCUGAACAGCCCCCCCUCAGCAGCCAGUUCGGAGAAGCAGAGCCCCAUGGCCCAGCAGCACAGCCCCGUGGCCCAGCCCGGCUCGGCCACCCAGCCCAGCCCAGCGACCCAGCCCGGCCCCAUGACCCAGCCCCAGACCCAGCAGAGUCCCGUUACCCAGGUUACGCAGGUCGCCCCGGCGCCCGUCCCGGGUCCCCAGCUCUACGGCCACGACAGCAGGUCGGAGGUGAAGGCGCGGCAGGACGUGAAGCCGGACAUCCGGCAGCCGCCGUUCACCGAUUACCGCCAGCCCCCGGUGGACUACAGACACCCGCCAGUAGCAGACUACAGACAGCCCCCCACUCUGGACUACCGACACCCCCCUCUACUGGACUACAGACACGCCCCGGACGCCCGGCAGUUCCCCAUCCCAGACUACAGACAGCCACAGGCUGAUGUGAGCGUGCUGGGCGUGUCCCUACAGGACUUUGACUACUUCACCGUGGAGCUGGAGCGCAGCGUGAAGGGGUUCGGCUUCAGCAUCCGCGGCGGGCGGGAGUACAAGAUGGACCUGUUCAUCCUGCGGCUGGCCGAGGACGGGCCCGCCCUCCGCAACGGCAGGAUGAGGGUGGGGGACCAGAUCAUCGAGAUCAACGGCGAGAGCACGCGGGACAUGACGCACGCCCGCGCCAUCGAGCUCAUCAAGGCCGGGGGCCGCCGGGUGCGUCUGCUGCUGAAGAGGGGCACGGGACAGGUCCCCGAAUAUGUAGACGGCUCCACCCCCUGGGAUGCUCGCCCUUCAGCCUCCCCAAGCCUGUCGGAAAUAGCCCCGCCCCUUGACACUCUUCUGACCACCCCAUCGCCUUCAUCUCACCUGGCCCCGCCCCCUGACCCCACCCAACCACUCCCCCCAGUGGUGGGGCGAGACAGAGGGGCGGAGCCAGGGAGGAGCAGGCGGAGCAAACGCGGCGAGGGUGGCAGGUCCACCCGCCAACACCGCGGCAACAGCGGCGGCGGCGGCGGCGGCGCCGCCAAGGGGGAGGGGCUUCCGGAGAGCCCAGGGGCGCGGCGGCAGAAGCCCAGGGAGCCCGACCCCGCCCAGUCCACCGCGGGACACCGCAACGGCGCCGCCGCCGGGGAGAGAAGGGAACCGCGCCCCGGCAAAGGCGGCAAGCUCUCGCGGAGCGCCAACGGGGGCGGAGCCCAAAGCAACGGCGACGCCCCCCCGGAGGGCCGGGGGAAGGCUCACCCGAACCACGCCCCCCCCGGCGGGGGAGGCGGGGCUCCGGACAGGAAGGCCACGGUCUCCCCCGGGCCGUGGAAAAUCCCCGGCUCCGAUAGGCUGCCCGGCACGCUGCGAUCAGGGUCCUCCACCGUGAGCAGGUAACCUCGUCAGCCGGCGCCACCGCUCCCCACCACCACCACCACCGCCACCACCCGCCACCGUCAGAUGCAAACUGGAGCGCUUACUUCAUCAACUUUUAGGGGGAAAAUCUUUUUUUUUUUAUAUAUAUAUAUAUAUAUUUUGUUUUCGGAGUCAUUUUACGAUAUCACACCCGCUACCUUAAAACUGGAAACAUUCACUCGCUUUUUAAAAGAAGAGAAAAAAAAGGAAAGGAAAGACGGUGUAGCGCGACGGACGGAGCUCUUCGUCGGCCGCGUCUGAAAACGCCAUUUUCUUUUCGGUUUUUAUUUUUGGGAACUCCUGAUAAGCCCCUCCCCACUCACUGUGGACUGCUGUGACAGCCAAUCACCCUGCGGAACCAAUGCGCCAACUCGUUUCACGACCAAGACUGGAUGGCAAGGAGGAUUUUUACAUAGUGGUAAUAUAUUUUAUCAAGAAAGAGAUUAUCGAAGGGGUUUGCUUGAAAGUAUCUUUUGUUCCCCCGGGAUUUGGAAAGAAAAGAUCCACUGAGAGGAUUUUUCAUCAUUGAACUCUGCCUUAAAUAACUGUACAGAGAUAGCACUGACGUGGAAGAUGUCUAAAAUAACGAUACAUAUGAUGAUAGAGAUAUAUACAUAUAAAUAUGUGAAGAAUAUGUAAAUACAAUCAUCUCAAAAUAUAUUUAGGUGGGCUGAAGGUAACCCUGAGACAUUAUACAAACUAGAUGAGUUGUAUAGCAAAGGAUUCAUCUUCCCAUUGUGUCUCAACUGUGAUUGAAAUUCAGGUCGAUGUGGAUUUGUUUUACUCCAAAUGAUGCAUAUUUACUUGACCUUGAAUGCCGAAGGUUUUUUUUUUACGCGUUGCAGGGGAUCCCGGUCUCCUUCGUUUUGUACUUUUCCAACCCGGCCACUGUGUCGCAUUCAGUCUCCGGUGGGUAGAACGGAGGAGGGGAUCGUGGGAUACGUUUGGGGCAAGAGUGCCUUACGGGUGCGGAGCGAGCUCCGCGAUGGAGUUUGAAUUUCGACGGCAGGCUGAAAACUGACAUGCAAUCAUUCGCAGGCUGCUAAUAGCUCGGUUUGUUGAAACUUCUGAGGAGGUACUUUUGUUGCGACGGCGAACGCUUUAGUUUUUACCCGGUGCGCCACGACACGUUCGUUUAUGGCCACUUGUUACGUACGUACGUCUGUGUUGUGUCCGGUCUGUAUCAGUCACCUCUUUGAUACCUGAGAAUGCGCCAAAAAAAAUUAUCCCGUUCUCUUAUUGGUUUGAAGGUCAUUUUUUGGGGAGGGAGCUUGUUUACUUGGCUUAUUCCGCGUGCAUUUGCCGUGUCUCUGUAGCAGGGUGGUGGAUGGACGAAUUGACGUCAUAUCUGGAAUUUUGAAUGGUCCUUGAAUUUUCUGAGCCGAGGACACGGUAUCUAUAGUAACAGCUGGUGAAAUGAGCACGGUUUGAAGUGCAAGGUAAGUGUCCGACAAUCCCCUCUACGGACGAGGGAUGGAAUCGCCACACCGCGGAGAGAAGGCGUGCGCAGUAGGUACUCUUUAUGGAGUGUGUUCACAACCAAUGACCAGGUGCGAUAAGUCAAAAAAAAAAGUGGGAAGGAGAAUGUAAAUUUGCUGACAAAAAAUCAGCAUUAGUUUGUCACUCACGGCAAAACCAGCUAAUUAGUCUUGACAGUGUGUGAAGGAAAUUCUGCAGCGGGGGUGAAUGCAAUUUAUAUAUGUUUUGACAGCCUUUGUGCGACUACUAAGCGCAAUCGUGUAGGUGCAUGAGUAUUAAAUGUUCCUUCAUUUCAACAUUACAUCGUCAUCUCGCAGGUUAUUACCAAAACCUUGAUUUAAUGCGAAAACAAAGCGGCUUCCGCGAUCGGCCGCAUCUGAUUUGUUGAUCUGGCCCACGGCGAACAACAUUUAUAGCACUCUGCGUAAAAUGCGUCAUUUUCUGUGCGCCACGAGUGUGACUACGCUGGAGACACUAACCACAACUGGCAAAAUGGUGUGGCACCAUGCUUCACAAACAUGUUUACUCACUGUAACAACCAGGAAAUUUGUAUUCUUUGGGUUUUAUUUCACGUUCAGUAACAGUUGGCUAAUGUUACUGUGUACAAACUAGUUAUCUAACUGGAUUGACAAUGUUAUUUAUUUUUUAGCCAAGGCUACAAACGUUGACUCAGUUAACAAAAACAUUAAACGAAACCACUGGCAAAUAUUUAUUAAUUUGAGUGGCAAAUAAAUGAAAAGCACGAACGUGGCUUGUGCUAUACACCGGUUCACUGUGCUUUAUUAGUUCGGGCCUAUCCUUAAAAAAAUUCGAUGUCUUUUGAACGUUCACAAGGUGCUUCUCCAUUUGCACUCUCUAGUCUCCAGUGUGUCUGUUGCUAUGUGGACUGCUGCAUUUACGACGCUGCACUUUAACUGCGUAGUCUUAAACCACGUGUCAGGUUCCCAAUAUCUUACUAUACCCGUAUCCAGAUUCCGAGCAGCGAUUUUCGUAUCAAGAGCGCAAAGACCCGACAACGCGAAACCUGACCUUGACCGUUUGCCUACGUAGCUAAUACGUUUUAGAAAUCCCUGUACUGUAAACGGGGACGCCGAGACGAUGCUGGAGCACAACAUCUGACUCGGUGCGGAUCAUUGAAAGCCAGCAGUAACCAGUGUGCUGCGGUGAACAAGUGGUAGAACGGUUUUUUUUUCUGUGGCCCGCUACUAGGGAACGCCGUGCGGCUCGACGCGCUUAAAUCCCCCCAUCCAAGCUAUGAACCAUGCUUCACCCGAAUAUGCACGUGUGUGACCCCCCAUCCCUCUCAUCCCUUCCUUGCAGAAGAGGCGGGAGAUCACCGCCUUUUCUGUUCUGCAUUGCACAGUUCUCCGCUGGCCACUGGAACUGUUUCCGGCCAGCUCCAAGUAAUUUUAUAUGAAAUAAAUAUAUAGUGAAUCUGUGAAAGACGGCACGUUCAUGAGCCCCAUUCAGUUCGAUAUGACUGUGUUAGCUGUGUAUUUACCUUGUACAGGUGUGUCUAUAAAUACAAUUACAUGUAUUAUUGAUAGUCACAAAGACUUUAAGUGAGCAACUAUUUUUAUGAAAUGCAACACAAUGGAUAUAUUAACUUUUGCAGAAAUCUUGUUUACUGUAUGAUAUUCUAAAAAAAAAAAUACUGUUAAAUAAAACAUUGAUGCAGUGUACAAUAUUACUAAUUUA